AUGAAAAGAAGAGGGUUUAUUCUAUUUUUCUUUUUAUUCAUAUUUUUUGAAUUAAACCAAACAACUAUUGUUGGAUCAGAAUAUAAAUGUUUAUAUAAUUUAUUAAGUAAAAUAUUAAACGUAUCAAAAAACUUUUAUAAAGAAUCUAAAAAUAGAUAUGCACUUUGUCAGACUGUUGAUAAAUCCGAUUUUAUUUGGGCAUAUUGUAAUGAAGAAGGUUUAGUUAAUGAUAUUGUGUUGCGUGGUGAUAAUAAAAGUACAAUAUUUUCAAACAAUGAUUUUAAUUGUUUUUCUUCUUUGCGAAGUAUAGACAUAUUUUUUAAUUAUAAAUUUAAAAGAAAUUUUUUACUUGGAUUUUCAAAUAAUAUAGUUAAUUUCAAAUCACGUUCUUCAGACGAAUCAUUAAUUGAUAUGGAUGUCAAUAUUAACAAAACAAUAGCAAUUCAAAUUUUAAAUAUUAAUCAAUUAAUAAUUAAAAGAGAUUUUAAUGUUUAUUUUUCAAAAUUUGUUAAUGUCCGAAAUUUUGAAAUUUACACACUACGAUCAAAACAUCAAAUUAAUUAUAUAAAUGAUUUGGUUAAUUUAGGAUGUAAUUUUGAUAUAGUUUCGUUUUCUUCGAAUAAUAUACCAUCAAUGAAAAAUAUACAAUCAAAUACAUUAAAUAUAAAUUUAAAUUCAAAUUUUAAUAUUGAUUCAUUUUCCAACUUUUCAACAUACACAAAAAUAGGUGCUAUAGAAUUAACUCCAUCAAAUCCAUCAAUGAUUUUCCCAUUCCCACCCCCAUCUUGUGUUAAUGUUUUAAAAAUAAAUUAUCAAAUAGAUAAACCAUUGGAUUUUAUUGAUUUAUCUAAAUUUGAAAAUCUGUAUGAUUUGUGGUUGAUAGGAGAAUUCAAUGGAAAUUGGUAUGGUGAAGAUUUUGAUAUUAGCGAUAACUAUAUUGAUAUUUAUCUUCCAUCAUGUUUUAAAUGUCACUAUUUACAACCAUCAAUUAGCAGACCAAUAUCUGGUAAUAGAUUUAAAAAUUUCGACCCAAAUAACUUAGAACCAUGUUUAAGCAUAGAUUUAAAUCUUUCAUAUAAUAACUCCACUGAUCAAUUACUAUUGUAUGGUAGUGAUCUUGGAUUUCCAACAUCAAUCAUGAUAUUAGAUAACCCAAUUUUAGUAUUUGAUUAUGGUGAAAAAUGUAAGGAAAUUAGAAUUUUAAAGCCUAGAUGGAAGAUAGGAGAAGUACCAAAAGCAAUUAAUGUUACAUUUCCUUUUUUACCACAAGGUCCAAGAACAUUUGAAAUCUCUGCAUAUAAUGAAUUUUUACCACAAAUCGAUAGUAUAGUUAGAUAUUCAGAUUAUUUUAUUAUCAGUGGUAAAUACUUUGCAUACAAUCAGAGUGUAACUACUGUUUUAAUUUCAAAUCAUUCAUGUUCAAUUAUAACAAGUAAUUUCAAUGAAAUUCAAUGUUAUCUUUCAAAUUCAAAUCAAAUCAUUAAUAAUGAAGAAUUAAUUACAAGUAUUAUUCAAGUUAUGAAUGUUUCAAGUAAAUUUAAUUUCAGAGUGAAUCAAGCAUGUAAUGGUAAUAAUUGUCCAAUUGCAGAUUGUAAUAAAUAUGGUGAAUAUAAUUAUGAAAGUGGUGUUUGUGAUUGUUAUUCAAAUGAAUGGAGAGGCUAUUCAUGUCAAUUAAAAUCAUUAAAUUGUUUAAGUAAUGAUUGUAGCGGUAAUGGUUAUUGUAAUAGUAUUAUUGGUAAAUGUCAAUGUAAUACAAAUAAAAUAUUCGAUGAUUGUAGUGGUAUAUUAUGUAAUAAUGGUAAUGGUUGUUAUAAUGGUGGUAAUUGUAAUUUUCAAAAUGGAAUUUGUAAUUGUUCAUCCGAAUGGAUCGAAAGUUCAGGAUGUGCAACACCCAAACAAUCAAUUGAUUCACAACAAUUAGAACAAACAAAAAAUGAUCAAAUACUAACAUUAAUUGGUUGGUUUGGUAAUAUUAAUAUAUUUUUAACAAUACUAAUCGAUGGUAAAAUUUGUGAUAUCACUUCAAAUAAUAAUGAAACCAUUCAAUGUAUUCCACCAAAUUAUCCGUGUGAUUUCAUAAAAAACUCAUCAUUAAAAUUAUCAGUUUCUCAAAAUAAUUACAUAUGGGAUGGGAUUUAUAAUCCAAUAUUUAUCAAUGGUUGUAGUAGUAGUGAAGACAGUAGUAGUAGUAGUAGUAGUAGUAGUAGUAGUAGUAGUAGUAGUAGUAGUAGUAGUAGUAGUAGUAGUAGUAGUAGUAGUAGUAGUAGUAGUAAUAGUAAUAGUAGUAGUAAUAGUGGUAGUAAUGAAAACAAAAAAGAAAAAGAAAAUUCAUCAUCUAAAAAAUUAAUUAUAAUAAGUUUAUUAGGUUUUGGUUUCUAUAAAAAAACAAUUAAAAAUAAUUAUUUAAAUUUAAAUUAUAUAAAAAUUAAAAUAAACUCGAAUGAAUAUGAUGAUGACCAACGAGAUAAUUUUUCAAAAAAUAAUAUAAAUUUAGUUAACCUUUAA